AUGGCUGAUUUUCCGAAACUUCCGAGAGUUAAGAUAGAUGAUGAGAAUAUGGAAAAAAUUCAUUGCGGGGCACGAAAAGGACAGACAGAGGAAGUAAAGCGUCUGGUGGAGCAGGGUGUCGAUCCUGGUAUUAUGAAUAAGUUUGGUUGUACUGCGCUGCAUUUAGCUUGCAAGUACGGUCAGGUGGAUACGGCGAAAUUCCUUGCCCCCUUGUCUGAUUCCUUUGGUUCAUGGCAUGGACACAAACCUCUGCAUCUUGCUGUUCUUGCAAAUAAUGAGGAGCUUGUGGAAGUUGUUUUGGAAGGAGCAAAGGAUCGUGGCCGUAAUGUUGAAAUUAUGGUGAAUGAUUGUGAUGAUUAUGCUGUUGAUGAGAUGGGUGAACACCAUAAACACACAGAUGGACAAACAGCGCUUCACUGGUGUGUAGCGCUAGGUGAAAAAUAUUUGCCAAUGCUUAAAUUGCUUAUUAAGCUUGGCGCUUCCCCAACGGCAAAGAAUAAAGAAAACACAACAAGUUUAAUGUACGCUAUAGAAAUGAAGAAUGAUGAAGCUAUGGAGGCUAUGCUGUCUGGUGUAAAACCGCAACAAUUGCGUUUGGACUAUCAAGACAAAGAUGGUAGAACACAUUUGCAUUAUGCUAUCUUGAAUAAUCGUGAAGAUUAUGCCAUGCGUUUUAUUGAGAUGGGCCACGAUGCAGAAGUGGAGGAUGAUAAUCAUGUUACACCUCUUUUCCUCGCACUUCGUGCUGCUAUGCCUAAAUUAUUGGAUUAUCUCCUGCAGAAUGUGGACAGUUUCUCAGUUCAACAGGCUCCUUUUCAUAAUGGUACAGUAAUGGUACCAGAACGUAUUGAGUGGCUUCCAUUUGCCACUGAUGAGGAGGCACGUGCUGAGUGCAUAAAAUUAUUCCAAAAACGUUUGGACGAGGUCUCUCUCAAACCAGAACCAACCGAAAAGAAGAAGGCCAAACCGACAGUGAAGAAGAUGAAACUCGCCCCCUCUGCUCCUAUUCGUAGCCGGAGCAUCGGAAAUGCAUCUGGACUGCGCAGCCGAAGCAAUGGGAAUCGUGGCCAUGUCAAAUAA